AUGGCAACCAAUGGCAGCAAGGUGGCUGAUGGGCAGAUCUCCACCGAGGUCAGCGAGGCCCCAGUGGCCAAUGACAAGCCCAAAACCCUGGUGGUCAAGGUACAGAAGAAGGCGGCAGACCUUCCAGACCGGGACACAUGGAAGGGCCGCUUUGAUUUCCUUAUGUCCUGUGUGGGCUACGCCAUUGGCCUGGGCAACGUCUGGAGGUUCCCCUAUCUCUGUGGGAAAAAUGGCGGUGGGGCCUUCCUGAUCCCUUACUUCUUGACGCUCAUCUUUGCGGGGGUCCCACUCUUCUUGCUGGAGUGCUCCCUAGGCCAGUACACAUCCAUUGGGGGCUUGGGGGUGUGGAAGCUGGCCCCCAUGUUCAAGGGUGUGGGCCUUGCUGCUGCUGUACUCUCCUUCUGGCUGAACAUCUACUACAUCGUCAUCAUCUCCUGGGCCAUCUACUACCUGUAUAAUUCCUUCACCAUGACUCUGCCAUGGAAGCAAUGUGACAACCCCUGGAACACAGACCGCUGUUUCUCCAACUAUAGUAUUGUCAACACUACCAAUAUGACCAGUGCCGUGGUGGAGUUUUGGGAGCGCAACAUGCAUCAGAUGACAGACGGGUUGGAUAAGCCGGGUCAGAUCCGCUGGCCACUGGCCAUCACUCUGGCCAUCGCCUGGAUCCUUGUGUAUUUCUGUAUCUGGAAGGGUGUUGGCUGGACUGGAAAGGUGGUCUACUUCUCUGCCACGUAUCCCUACAUCAUGCUGAUAAUCCUGUUCUUCCGUGGAGUGACGCUGCCAGGGGCCAAGGAAGGCAUCCUCUUCUACAUUACACCCAACUUCCGCAAGCUGUCGGACUCUGAGGUGUGGCUGGAUGCAGCUACCCAGAUCUUCUUCUCCUAUGGCCUGGGCCUCGGAUCCCUGAUUGCUCUUGGAAGCUACAACUCCUUCCACAACAAUGUCUACAGGGACUCCAUCAUCGUCUGCUGCAUCAAUUCGUGCACCAGCAUGUUUGCAGGAUUUGUCAUUUUCUCCAUCGUGGGGUUCAUGGCGCAUGUCACCAAGAGGUCCAUUGCUGAUGUGGCAGCCUCAGGUCCUGGACUAGCGUUCCUGGCGUACCCAGAGGCAGUGACCCAGUUGCCCAUCUCACCCCUCUGGGCCAUCCUCUUCUUCUCCAUGCUGCUGAUGUUGGGCAUUGACAGCCAGUUCUGCACUGUGGAGGGCUUCAUCACAGCCCUGGUGGACGAAUACCCCAGGCUCCUUCGCAACCGUAGGGAGCUCUUCAUUGCUGCUGUCUGUGUCAUCUCCUACCUGAUUGGCCUCUCUAACAUCACCCAGGGGGGCAUCUAUGUCUUCAAACUUUUUGAUUACUACUCUGCGAGUGGCAUGAGCCUGCUGUUCCUCGUGUUCUUUGAAUGUGUCUCCAUUUCCUGGUUUUACGGUGUCAACCGAUUCUAUGACAACAUCCAAGAGAUGGUUGGCUCCAGGCCCUGCAUCUGGUGGAAACUCUGCUGGUCCUUCUUCACCCCAAUCAUUGUGGCGGGUGUGUUCAUUUUCAGUGCUGUGCAGAUGACUCCUCUCACCAUGGGAAGCUAUGUUUUCCCCAAGUGGGGCCAGGGUGUGGGAUGGCUCAUGGCCUUGUCUUCCAUGGUCCUCAUCCCUGGGUACAUGGCUUACAUGUUCCUCACCUUAAAGGGAUCCCUGAAACAGCGCAUCCAGGUCAUGAUCCAGCCCAGUGAAGACAUCAUGCGCCCUGAGAAUGGUCCAGAGCAGCCCCAGGCCAGUGGCUCAGCCAGCAAAGAGGCUUACAUCUAG